AUGACGAUACUAUUCUCACAAGCGCUCUCCGAAACUCUUCAAGAACGAUUGAAUCAGCUACGAGAGAAUCCAAGACUAAAACUUCUACAGGAUUACCCUGAAAGAUCGGACGCUAUAGCAGGUCCACGAUCGGUUUCAGAGUUUAUCAUACAAGAAAAUUAUACAUUUACACUGUUGCUUCUUAUGUUUCUAAAAGAUUGUCAAAAAUCUAUUUACUACUCGUUUAGAUGA